GUGGGACGUGAAAGAGAGAAGGAAAAAUUUAGUACCCUGCAUGGCCCCUGUAUAUGCGAAGGGACAAGACAAAUGGAGACGUACGGUUGGGAAGUAACUGCUGACUGAAAACCCCUUCGCUGGCUUAACAGGGAGACAUUGCAAAUCGCUACGCUGCUAAUCAAUCAUGAUCACAGCUUGGAUGGCCCAAUACAGCAGUCAAAUCGUUCGGUUGGGAUCUGUAGUUCCCACAAGUCCAACGAGCUUCUCCGGGGGGUUGGCCACGUCACCGCCGCCCACCUGUCGGGAUCAUUAUGAGUAUCUCGAUCGGGAUCCCAAGUUCGAAGCCGUUGAUGAUGUCUCAGGAGUUGCCAGCUCGCCUCCCGGCCCUUCAUCUGCGCUCCAGAUCCGCGGCGCUGCGCAGCGGCGAUGUCUCUCGUUACCCCUCUCUGCGCUCUCCCACUCCUCCGCGGCUUCCAAGGUUGUUUCCCCCCCCGCGCCCUCCGUCGCGCUGUGCCCCCGGGGAUCGCCUGGACUGUCUCCCGCCUUCGUCCUCGCGGCCGGUGCGGCGACACCCUCCGCUUCCUGUCACAUCGGCGGCGGCGGCGGCGGCGGCGGCGGCGGCGGCGGCAGCUGCAGCAGCAGCAGCAGCAGCAGCGGGAGGAGGAGGGGGGGGGGGGUUAUCCUCCCGACAGGCCCGGGUGCCCUCCCCUCCACCGCCGACUCUACCGGUAGUCCGUGCCCCGGCGACUACCACUCAGCUGCAGGGAUAACAUCAGCCCAAGCAGGUCCAGGUUCGUCACCCCUUCCAUCCGUCCGGUCGGUGCGCAGCUUGAUCUGGGACGCCAUCCUGCAGCUCGUACCGGUCGCUGAGCGAGAAGAAGUCAAGAUGGUCCUGGGCGCCGCCUGCAUUGAUCAGAAUGAGGUCUUGAUGGAGGAGGCACGUGCGCUGGAGGCCAUCCUUCGGGACGUACAGAGGGAGGCGAACGAGAUACGGACCUGCCGUCGCUUGCUGCAGACCCCGACUCGCAGCUUGCUCGAAGAGGAAGUUCGUCUGCUGUUGCAGAGCUUGAACAAGAACAGGGCGAAGACAGAGGGGCUGACAAACGUGCACGUGCAAGCUGAGCUGCACGGGAAAGCGACGACCCAGCAGCAGCAGCAGCACCACCACCACCACCACCAAGUUGCAGUGGGGGCACCAGCUCCUCGGCCUGGAGAUGGUCUGUCGUCUUGCUCCCGAGGGGUAAAGUGCUCCAAUCUACUAGGAGCUCAGAACGGUGCAGAUCGACCAAUCUUGGGCCAGAUAUCGAAGAACACGUUAGUCCCUCAGGUCAACGAUCGCAGCACCACUCACGACAUUGCUAAGCACCACCAGACCCGAAACACUCUCAACGCCGGAGGUAGGGGAGGAGGAGGAGGAGGAGGAGGAGGAGGAGGAGGAAGAGGAGGAGGAGGAGGAGGAGGAGGAAAGAGAGGAGAUCCUCUCAGGCCACAGGUCGCGAAGGAGAGAACGACAAAGUCUGACUCUGCUACGUCUGAUGAGGUGAAGAGGAGCGGCGAUGACGAUCUUCACCAGUACUCAGCAGGAGGGGGCUGCAGAGUGUCGCCUACUAAUCUUUCCCCUUCGUCAGAAGAAGGUCGUCGACUUGAUGCUAGUGAGAGCUUCUAUGGCAUAACUGAGCUGCAAUCUGACAGUGAAUACGUUGACGAAGAUUAUCUAUCGCAGCCAAAGCUGUCCGUCUCACGGACAAGUAGCCGACGACUGGGAAGCGCUCGCAGUCGCCGUGAUCGUGGGCCGCUGGUAUCGUCCAAGCGUCAGGAAGGCACUCACACUCAGCAGCAAUUUGGAACUUUGGCCCAGAAGAACGUUGGCGCCCAUGGAGGCACGCGAAAGGGGACAUGCUCGACGGAUCCUAUGAUGAUGAUUGAACGAAUGCCGCGCACAACUGCUGAUCAGCAUCAUCAUGCCGCUCCCCCAUCAUCAUCGUAUGCCAGCAAUUGCACUUUCAACGCUUCUCGGUCACUGUGUGCCACAGAUCGCACGUCAGCCCGGCAGUCAGAUCGGCCGUCGGAUCGAACCGCAGCGGCGUCACUGUUUUCGAAGUCGGAGACGAAGUCGGGACACCUGAGCCGAGACGCCGUGCCCAGGGACAUCAGGGGGCCAUUAUCUUUGUCUUCUCUGAACAAGGAGAGGAUGCCACGCGUCGGCAAGAGAAGCCCCUCUCCCCGCCCCAACCCGCCUCUCAAUUUCUCCUCCAAGUCGGGAUGGAGCAAGCCUCUUCCUUCUGAAGGAACGGAUGCGUCGUCGGGAUCUCAUUCGGCCCCCACAUCGUGGAAGGGAAAGGGGAAGGGCACGGGGAUCGGGAUCGGGAUCAACAUGAAAGAUACGAGUACUACUGCUACUACUACUACUACUACUAAGAACGGAGGUCAAUCUGAUUCGCCCAUGCCGUUAGUCCUUGAGACUCCGAGAGACAGAGAGAUCUGCGCUUACGUGAUGCGGAGCGCAUGGGCGGGUGGGGGGGGGGAAAUGGAUCGCGAUCGCGACCGGUCCGGACAAGCUAAGGCUGAGUUGAAGAUAGCCGCCACGUCAGAUUUAUCGCGCACUAAUCAUUGCGAUCAAGAGCGACAUCCAAUCAGUCCGAAGCGGAGACAGACAGAGCGCAGCAGCGGAUGCCACGUGUCACGACAUGAGAGAAUCACGGUGUCUUCGUCGCCUUGCGUUGCCUCAGCGGACUCAUCCAGCUUGACCAGGCGAUCCAGUGGGAAACACCUGGACCCAACGGACGUAUUGCACGCCAUCACUCCCCAGCUUGACAUGAAUAGCGUUGAUCAGGCUGCAGGUACUCUGCGGCAAGCACUUAUGAAGGAGCAGGAUGCGCUUCGAGAAGAUAUCAAGUUCCUUCAUUGGUGUUUGGAUAACGAGUGUGAAUUGGUGGGAAAGGGAAGGAAACCACCCCCAUCUCUAGAAGAUCUCAAGGACUUCAGGGACAGACUCGGUCAGUCUCUUGAGGCAAACAGAUAGAAGGAGAAGGGAUUUGCCGAAGCGAGUACACUACGUGGAGAAGGGGGCGGUCCCCAUCUUUUAUCAAGCUCUGGGGGUGCCAGUGUUCCCUCACUCUCCCUCUUUGGGAUCAAAUGAGCCAGUCUAUGCACUUAUAUUAUUCUCAAACUGAGAAGUUGCUGAUCUGUGCAAGUUGCUGGCAUGAAGAAGUUGCUGACAUGUAUGAGUCUCUGACAUGGACAAGUUGCUGACAUGAUGAACAAGGAAAAAGGGAUUUGAACCCUCAACCUUAGCCUUGGCUGGAUUUCCCAUGCUCUCACCACUGAGGAGGACCCUCCAUUGGGCCAUAAUACGUUUCACCCAUGAUCGACUUCUGAUCGCCCAAGAGUCU